GAUAUCUGGUCCUGUCAGCUGACAUGAUUGUAGUUCUCAUGUCAGGAAGGAACGCAGCGACAUAAUACGAUUUCCCGAAACAAACAUGUCAACCGCUAAACACACAAACAGCGAAAGUUUAACGUGGACAGUUGGAUGAUAACCCAAUAAAAGUAUGGAGCACAUUAUAACGCCAAAGGUGGAGUAUGUGAAACUACUGAACAGGUACACCGAAAAGUCGUCAGCUCUGGGCACUCUUUACUUGACCGCUACUCACCUUAUCUAUGUGGAACAAAACAACAGCACACGCAAAGAAACAUGGGUGCUGCAUCAUCACAUUGCGUCAGUAGAGAAACUUCCUUUAACCGCGUCUGGUUGUCCGCUCCUGAUCCGCUGUAAAACCUUCCAGCUGCUUCAUCUGCUGUUCCAACGAGAGAGAGAUUGUCAGGAUGUCUAUCAGUCACUUCUGCGCCUUUCUCAACCAGUCAAAGAAGAUGAGCUUUAUGCCUUUCUCUAUAAUCCAAACCAAAACGAGGAGGACAGGAGACGGGGUUGGGAAUUCAUCAAUGUGGCGAAUGACUUCAGCAGGAUGGGUCUCUCCAAUGAAUAUUGGGAAAUUAGCCACCUCAACAAGAACUAUGAGAUCUGUAGCACUUAUCCAUCUAUCCUUGGACUCCCUAAAAGUGCCAGUGUUGCUACAGUAACAGGCAGUGCCAAGUUUAGGAGCCGAGGGCGAUUGCCUGUUCUGUCUUACUAUCACAAAGAUACAAAGGCUGCGAUCUGUCGCUGCAGUCAGCCUUUGUCGGGUUUGAACUCUCGCUGUGUAGAAGACGAGCAGAUGCUCCAGGUCAUCAGUCAAGCGAACCCCAACUGCCCUUUUAUAUAUGUAGUGGACACACGGCCCAAGUUGAAUGCAAUGGCGAACCGUGCAGCUGGUAAAGGCUAUGAGAAUGAGGACAACUACUCCAAUAUCAGGUUCCACUUUCAAGGAAUUGAAAACAUCCACGUCAUGAGAAACAGCCUGCAAAAACUGCUGGAGGUGUGCUCUAUGAAAUCCCCUUCCAUGAGUGACUAUCUGACGGGUUUGGAAAAUUCCGGCUGGCUGAGGCACAUCAAAUCUGUGAUGGAUGCAGGCGUGUUCCUCGCCAAGGCUGUCUGUGAAGAGAGGGCGAGUGUGUUGGUACAUUGUUCUGAUGGUUGGGACAGAACGGCUCAGGUGUGCUCUUUGGCUUGCUUACUGCUGGACCCAUACUACAGAACCAUUAAAGGCCUCAUGGUUUUGAUAGAAAAGGAGUGGAUCUCUUUUGGUCAUAAAUUCAGUUACAGGUGUGGCCAUCUGGACACCGACCCCAAGGAAGUGUCUCCGGUGUUCACCCAGUUCCUGGAAUGCGUGUGGCAGCUGUCAGAACAAUUCCCCUGUGUGUUUGAGUUCAAUGAACGUUACCUCAUAGAAAUACACAAUCAAGUCUACGCCUGUCAGUACGGAAACUUCAUCGGCAACUGCCAGAAAGAGCGGCUGGAAAUGAGGUUGCAUGAAAAGACGUUUUCAUUGUGGCCACAUCUUCUGGAGAACCAGCAUCAGUAUCGAAACCCCUUGUACCGGCGUUCAGUAGAGAGCACAGUUCUCAGGCCAAGCACUUUACCCCUGCAUUUCAAAUUCUGGUGUGGGAUGUAUAACCACUAUGACAGAGGCAUGCAUCCAAAACAGUCUGUUCUAGACCAGCUGCUGUUUCUCACAAAGAAGCAGGUAGAAGGAGAAAGAACCAUGACUGAAUUACAGCGACAGCUGGCUGUUGCAGAUGGAGUUCUCCCUGAUCCAUCUGGACCAAUCAACACACCUGCAGAACAGGACAGUCCAAGUGAGAAGACUCCCACUGCUCCUGUUGUCCAAUCAAACGGAAGCUAUGCUCCUUUGAUUAAUGGCGAUGCAGAGGAGGUGGGUCCAGGAGUUGAAAAGUGCAAUGAGAAAGAAGGGGCAGAGCCAGCAGCCACCGAACACGAUCUGACCUCCUCUAAGGACAAACCUGUUUCUGUGGAAACAGAACAUUCCAAAGAGGAGGUACAAGAAUCCUAUUGAGUCUCCAUAGUAACAGAUUGGACAUUUUGACUGAAACCCCAAAGAACAAAUGUCUGGAGUAUUGAAAAGAUACAUGCAGUACUGUUUCCACAAUUUAGGCCACUAUAAUACAAAAAAAGAGCAUUCAAACGUCCAAACACUCGUUUGUGAUUGUGUAUCAUUGUACAUGAGGUUUUUCUAGCUCUGUGUGUAUUCUUUUUAUUCUAUUAUAUCUGUUCUGAACAUUCCUGAAAUGUUCAGUGGACUUGAGUGUGUUUGUUGGCCUUCAGACCAUGAGGAUUAAAGCUAUAUGCUUUGAUCACAGGUAAUCAGAAUCAUUUAUGUUUUGUUUAAAUGCCAUAUUGAUCAAAUUUGACCUUGUUUUAUUGGAGUUCUUUUGUACGGUAGGCUGUUUUUUAAUGUCUGGCUUUUAAUUACACUUUCCAUGUAAUAUGUAUAGUACAUUUGAAAACCAGACCCUGAUACUGAUUUAUUCAGACACAUAAGCAGCUGUUGUGAGAUUCAGGUAGCUAAAGGGAACAAACUAUUAGAAAACGGGUCAAAAUGAUGAUUUUUUUUUUUUUUUUCUUCACACAAGGGCAUAGUAUUAUUUUUGUGGUGUUCCAUAUUGUAAGCGCUGUUCAUUUUGCAUGCAAAGCAACACAGCUGAAAUGCUGCUGAUUGAAUGCAAUAGGAUGCCGCAUUGUUUAAGCCUAGCUCUAAUGCCAAACAAAUAAUUUGAUGCACAUAAAAUUGUUGAUGGUGGUGCUUCAAGAAUAUAACCAAUGUCCUUUUGACCAAGUCUUUUGAAUACAUGGCAUAUAUAGUUUUGCAAAGCAAUACUGUUUUUAAUGAUGUCUACUGGAUGUGUAAAAUGAGUCUAUUGCUUAUGGAUGUGGAAAAGAUUUGAAAGCUUUCGUUUUAGAAUUCAAGUUUGAACCAUUGAACCCUGGCUGCUAUGGAGCUCCAGAGAUGCAAUAUCAAUAUGUUUAAAAAUGCUUCCUUUUUUGAGAAGCAUUUGUUUACAUUUAUUAUUUUUUGAUUAAAUUAGGAAAAAAAAAGUUCUGUUUAUUAAAUGUUCAGCAGUAGUCAAAAGGGAAUUUUAAAAUAAGCAAUGAGAGUGAAAUCACUGAAAAUGACAGCCUGUGGUUACACUGCAUAUAUUAUUUUUAAAACUAAAUAGUUUUGCUGUGUAAUUACAUAAUUUUUUUUUAUACGCUUGUUUUGAUCACUGCACUGUUUUGUACCUCUUUUGUACACCAUUACAUUUAAAUUGAUGUUUUCUUUAAAUAAAUAAAGAUUUUAGUAACGAUA